AUGAGCUAUCAAUGGAGUUUACCAAAUGAUUUCCAUUUGCAGGAAAACCCCGAUGAAAGAGAUGCCGAAGCUAGAGUAAAUGCUGUGAAAGGACUUGUAUCAGUCUGUGAAACAUUAACCAAGGCAAAAGAAGCUUCCAGUAUUGUUUCUCGAGAGGAUGAUGUGACUCUGUAUCAUCUGAUCAAGAAUGAAAUAGUGAAAAGUUUACUGAAAGCGCUUGAUGAUUAUUCUGUCGAUAACAGAGGCGAUGUGGGUUCAUGGGUUCGUGAGGCUGCUAUGGAUGGUCUUGAGAAAUGUACAUACAUACUUUGUGGGAAAGAUUCCAUGGAUUCCAUUAGAAAUUCACCCAGAGUUGAAUCCGCAUUGGAGUUGCCUAGUGACAGUGCUGAAAAUAACCACAAGCACUCAUUUUUUGAUGCAAAACUUGCUACUGCUGUGGUCGGAGGAAUUGUUAAGCAAGCUGUAGAGAAGAUGGAUAAACUAAGAGAAGCAGCUGCAAAGGUUCUGCAUAGGAUCUUAUACAAUGAGAAAAUAUAUGUUCCACAUAUUCCUUAUAGAGAAAAGCUAGAGAAUAUUAUUCCCAAGAAGGCAGAUUUGAAAUGGGGGAUACCCUCAUUUUCUUAUCCGCGAUUUGUACAGUUACUUCAGUUGGAUUGUUAUAGUAGAGUUGUCAUUUCUGGGUUAGGUAUUUCAAUUGGUGGAUUGCAAGAGUCCUUAAGGAAGGCAUCAAUCUCUGCUUUGCUGGACUAUCUUCAAGUGGCUGAAACUGAUAUUCCGGAGGAAAGAAAGUCCAGAGAGCAUUUGUUAUGUACCGAUAUCCUUUGGGUUCUCCAAUAGUACAAGAGAUGUGACAGAGUCAUCAUACCAACUUUAAAGACAAUUGAGAUUCUUUUCAGCAAAAGGAUACUCUUGAACAUGGAGGAUCAUACUCCAACUUUCUGUGCUGGUGUCCUGGGUUCCUUGGCGCUUGAAUUAAAGGGAUCUAAGGACUUCUCCAAGUUAUAUGCGGGCAUUGCAAUACUAGGAUAUAUUGCUUCAGUUUCAGACUCCAUCAGUGCCAAGGCCUUCACUCAUCUCCUCACCUUCUUGGGACAUCGAUAUCCGAAGAUUCGAAAAGCUGCAGCAGAACAAGUUUAUCUUGUGCUCCUGCAAAACGGAAAUCUCAUUGCGGAGGACAAGACAGAGCAAGCACUUGAAAUUAUAUCCGAAACUAGUUGGGAAGGAGACCUGCAAGCAACAAAGCCUCAGAGGUUAGAGUUGUAUGAAAUAGUUGGCCUGGAAAUAGGACAACCCAAUACCACCAAGAAAAUGUCAAACAAGGAUGGGGAGAAGAGGUCUACAGCCAAUGAUGAACAUGCAUCAUAUUCCUCAUUAGUUGGGUCAACAGGGUUUUGAGUUUUUCCAGUUUGAAAGCUCUUUGAUCAAAUUCCAACUUGCUCUUGGUGGUUGUGAUUUUUCUUAUGAGGUCUACGACAAACCAGAGCGCAUAGCACAAUAUGUAGAGUGGAGAGAAUGCGCUGCGUCGCACCUUGCCCUGUAAAAUUUUGGAAUCGCUCUUGGUAAUGAGCUUUACAGAUC